AGCGCCGCAGUGCGCAGCUGCCUCAAACUCGGAGGCGGCGACGGAAGAAAGCAUGGGCUCCUCGGGUUUGAUAGAGGCUUUCGAGCGCCGCUUCCUGGCGGCGCGGCCUCUGCCGUCCUUCCCGUGGCGGAGCCUUGAAGAGAAAUUAAAGAAUUCAUUGGAUUCUGAGCUGCUGCUGAAUAUUUUGCAGAAGACAGUCCUGCAUCCACUGUGUGUGAAACAUCCACCAUCAGUGAAAUACACUCGGUGCUUCCUCUCUGAGCUAAUUAAGAAGCACGAGGCUACUCACACAGAGCCUUUGGAUGAGCUCUAUGAAGCAUUAGCUGAAAUUUUGUCUGCUGAGGAAUCCACCCAGGGCCACCGGAGUUAUUUGCUGCCCUCAGGAAAUUCAAUCUCACUCUGUGAAAGUACAGCAAUCAUUUCUCAGGGAACCACAGGCCUGGUCACAUGGGAUGCCGCUCUCUACCUUGCAGAAUGGGCCAUAGAAAACCCAGAAGCCUUCACUAAUAGAAGAGUCUUGGAACUUGGAAGUGGAGCUGGUUUUACAGGCCUGGCUAUUUGCAAGAUGUGCUCUCCCACAGCAUAUAUUUUCAGUGACUGUCACAGUCAGGUUCUUCAGCAACUCAAAGGAAAUAUCCUCCUAAAUGGAUUCUUGCUAAACCCAGAUUCUACUGCACCCUUGCAACCUUCAGUCAGUGCAUUGGUCUCACCAAAACCCAUUGUGAUGGCUGUUCAGUUGGACUGGGAACAAGUUACUACGAAACAACUCUCUGUCUUCCAACCAGAUGUCAUCAUUGCAGCAGAUGUGCUAUAUGAUCCAGAGAUCAUCCUCUCCCUCAUUGGAGUGCUGCAAAAGCUCUCUGCUUGCCAGGCAGAUCAGAAGCCUCCAGAGAUAUACAUUGCCUUCACUGUAAGGAACCCAGACACUUACCAGAUGUUCAAAAUGGAGCUUAGUAAAGUUGGGAUUGGAUGGCAGAAGCUUCCUAGUCACAACCAGAAAAUGUUUCCAUAUGAAAAACAUUCAGAGAUGGUAAUUCUAAGAUUAUUGGUGUAGAUUGUGUAAAUAUUUCAAGACUACUAUAAAAGAUGAGAUGAUUAUUAGGAAACAAUUUAUGUUGUAGCUCCUGCAUAAAACUUGAAUUAUUGGAACAAUUAUUUCCUUAUAAAGAAAAAGGAAAUGUGACAUGUAGUUGUUGCUCUAUGAACAACUCCCUAUAAAUCACUAAAAAUGAGUGAAAAUACAAGCAUUUGACCUGUAGAUAAAAGUCAGACUCCUUUUUCCUCCCAUGUUAAUAUUAGCACACGUGAAUCAUUUCAACUUCCAAGAUUUUGACUUCUGAACUUCAUUCUCUACUGCAGCCUCCUCACUUCAUUCUGAAUGUAACUCCUGAUCCCUCACUAGCUCUUCUUACACCUCAGGCACCUUUGGCAAUCAUUUUAAACUUGUUCUUACUAGCACUUUAGCACCUUUUGACCUUUCACUCUCCUCCAUUCACCAUUGCCUAGCCUAGGUAAGUGUCAUUAUAUUAUCUGAGCUUCUCAGCUGUCAGGUGUUACAAGGGAAAAUCUUAACUCUCUGCUAAUGGGCUGUAUUUGUAUUUUCUGGCUUCAGCUGGGCCCUCGGUAUUUCCUGUGUUCAUUCUAUUCUGGAAAUUUCAAACUUUUCUAAUGUCCCCAAGCACCUAAUCUCAUCCCUGAUGGCAUUUCUGCGAGACAGAAUUUCUGUCUUCCCAUUCUUUCUUCUCCGACUCCUCAAAAGAAGAAUUACAGGAUUUUAGAGUUGCAAGGGACCUUAAAGAUAAAGACUACUCCCUCAUUUCUUUUUAGAAAUCUUCCUCCUAAGUAUGCACAUUCCCCUAAGGUUCUCUCCUCAGCUUUUGCUUCUAUACUUGCACCAGCAUCACACACUCACAUCUUCAGCUAACAGCUCCAUGGAGAAGAUGACCAAGUCUAGAUCUCCAUGACCCCAAGCUUUCCAGAACCAAACUUCCAACUACUUCCUGGAAAGCACUUCAAGGAAACAAGUCUAGAACUGCCCAAAGACAUGAAAGAAAUAAUAGCUAAUAAUAAGUAGCAUUUAUAUGCUGCUUUAAAGUUUGUAAGUCUUUCAUUUAUUAAAUUGUCUGAACUUCAUUACAACUCUGUGUGGUAGGUGAUAUUUUUAUCACUGUUUUUAUACAUAAGGAAAUAGAAUCACAGAAAAAUUAAAUGAUUAACCAAAAGUCACCUAGGUAAGGAGUGUUUGAGGCAGAAUUUGAACUCAGGUCUUUGCGUCUCCAACUCCAGCACUGUGCUACACCCAUAUUUAGCUACCAUAAAGAUUGCAAAGCACUUUGUAAAUAUAUCAUUUGAUCCUCACAACAACUUUGGAAGAUAGGUGCUGUUAUU